AUGAUUCAGUUCUGUGCAGUCUUGAUGGGGCUUUUAAUCAGACGAGUCAUUGGUUGGGCGGGUACUCUACCUGCCCCAGUCCUCACCAAGACUCCUGACUAUCCAGUUUAUAUAACAGGAGAAGCUGUCACACUGGAUUGCACUGUGGAUAAUAGACCUUACCAAAAUUACUUUACUUUUUUUAAGCACAAUGCUAAUCAUUUAUCACAGAGCAGCCCCACCUACCAGAUGUACACUAGGGAACAAAUGUCUGGGGAUAAGUACACCUGUCAGUACACAGCGGGGAGCGUUACUUCACCCAUGAGUAACUCCAUCACAUUACAUGUGCUUGACCCACCACUUGCUCCAAAAAUUUCCCUCAGAACUUCUUUAAAUAGCGAACCAGGGGAGCGCUGGUAUAUUCCAGAUGAAUAUGUCACUGUGAUUUGUACUUCUCCAAAGCUUAAUAUGAAUGGAGUCCGGUAUUAUAUAAAUGGUAAAGUGACCCACACGGCAAAUGUCAAUAGGAGAGAAACAGCCUAUCAAAUGCUGGUAUCUGGCAGAGAAUUGUCAGUGAGAUGUAUGUACUGGAGAAUAGAACAUGGAAGGCAGAUUGAUUCACUGAUGAGUGAUCCAGUAACCCUCAAAAUAGCAGAUCCCCCUCCAUCUCCUUCUAUUUCUCUGAGACCCUCACGCUUAGAGUAUACCAGGGAUGAAUCCAUUGAUGUGAUUUGUAUCCCUCCACAAUCCUAUCCAGUCAGAGGGAUUCGUUAUUAUAAAGAGACAAGUGAAAUCUACAGCAUAAAUAUGCCACAGAUACAAACCUCUUUUCCUGUACCAAGAAAUGCUGCUGGGGAUUAUACAUGUGGCUACUGGAUAGAGAGCGGCGGAAAUAAAAUCUUAUCAUUCUCAAGUGAUAUAGUUACAGUAAGGAGAACAGAUCACCCUCCAUCUCCCUCUAUUUCUCUGAGACCCUUGCGCUUAGAGUAUACCAGGGAUGAAUCCAUUGAUGUGAUUUGUACCCCUCCACAAUCCUAUCCAGUCAGAGGGAUUCGUUAUUAUAAAGACACAAGUGAAAUCUACAGCAUAAAUUUGUCACAGAUACAAACCUCUUAUCCUGUACCAAGAAAUGCUUCUGGGGAUUAUACAUGUGGCUACUGGAUAGAGAGCGGCGGAAAUGAAAUCUUAUCAUACUCAAGUGCUAUAGUUACAGUAAGGAGAACAGGUUUUACUACUCCUCUCUCUUCUGUACUGAUAACCAGAGUGAUGGAAGCUCACACCUCUAAAGCAUCCUCUGUGUCUGUGACUACAGCACCUCCUCAGAGUACUCCUGGCAUCCAGCCUGGUGCUUCUCCAGAAGAUCCCUCUAUUUCUAUGACUACUGCACAUCCUCAAAGUACUCCUGUCACCCAGUCCAGUGUUUCUCCAGCAGGUAUUUAUGGUAUCAUUGGUGGAACCAUCUUGUUACUAAUAUGUGUCGCUGUCCUUCUGAGAACUCAUGCCUGCCACAGAGAAAAGAAGCAUCGUUAUAAACCAAAACACUUGUGGGCAAACCAUCAUUCUACUGACAUGGAAAAUGAAAUAGCAGGAAAGAAUACAGCACUGUUAGACCAAGAUACAAAUGACAAAUUGCACAUUUAUUGUGAAGUUGAAAUAACUUUAGAUCCACUUGCAAGCAAGAAGCCAGCAUCAUCUCCAAAACCUAAACCUGCUGUGGUUCCCACAAUCCCACCACCACCUGCCAUGCCUCCCAUACUUCUGCCACCUCAAUCUGAUGCUCUAUUAAAGUCAAAGGUUGCUCAUGUUAAAACUAGCAAACUACAGGCACAGCACUCGGAUGCUUUGUUAGAUUCCACUGUUAUGAAAAUGAAUCCCCUUUAUGGUGAUUUCUCCUCUAAGUAAAACUCAGGUCCAUUAAUGAUAA